GGUUUGGCACAAGUCCUGGUUGUUUGGAGUUCCAUUAAUUUACAUCAUGAUCAUGAUGUUUAUUGAUAUGGCGGACGCGGUCGAGCCAGCCUUGAAAUGCUAUCAGUGUUCAACCAAAGGCUGCGGCGCAACUUCUGAUUGCGGUCCAAAUUAUAAUAAAUGUUACCUAGCCAGUGGAAAGGACGAGGACGGUAAAGAGUUCUAUUCCAGCGGCUGUGCUGACCGAUCUGACUGCAAAAGUUAUGUAACGAGUAUCCUUGAAAUGUUGAAAGAACUGGAACAACAGAAGCCUGGUGGGGGUGACCAGGCUGGGGAUGUUGAAGAUGAAGAACGUAGAAAGAGAGAAGACGGUUUCAGAGAUGAAAAUGAAAAAAAGAUUAAUUUUCAAAAGUGCGAAGUGUGUGAAGAAAAACUCUGCAAUGGCAGUGGGAGGAAAUUUGCUAUUACUACUAUCGGAUGGAUUGUAGUAACCUACCUAGUCAACUGCCAAUUUUAAGCUUUUAAAAUGAAACCAAGUACUAAGUUUUAUAUUUUUACUUGCGCAAUUCUACUCAUUCACAGUAAGGAAAUUUGGUGUCAAGACAUUCCAUCAUUUAUGUGUUAUGAUUGUUUGGGGACAAAUGAACCCUGCCAAAAUAUGGUCAAUUGCAUGACCAACUCUUGUUAUGAGGCAAAAUAUAAAAAUGAAACUGGAGACUAUUAUCUACAGGGAUGUUCAAUGGAUAAUUCUACUACAGAUUGCAAUUCCGCGGUUAUGGAAAGCAUAAAUACCAAUGAUGAUUUUAUCAUGCUUGAAAAUGAUAGUUGCAAAUUAUGUAACAAUAGUUUGUGCAAUAAUUUUCAAAAACAAGCGAAAAUUAAUGGAGGCAAUGAAAUAAUGAAUAAUCA